UUCAAGUUCAUGGCUCUCUACUCAUUCAUCCAGUUCACAUCGGUGCUCAUCCUGUACACGGUGGGCUCCACGCUGGGCGACUCCCAGUUCCUCUUCGUUGACCUCUUCGUGGUGACGACCCUCGCCGUGCUGAUUGGCCGCGUUGGGCCGCACGCCACGCUGGGCUCCCGGCGGCCCCACGGCUCCCUCCUGGCCUGCGCCGUCCUGGGGAGCCUCUUGGGCCAGGCCCUGCUGCAGGCCGCCGUGCAGCUCGCCGCCUUGCUGCUGCUGCGACAGCAGGCCUGGUUCACACCGCUGGAUCCAGGCGGCGGCGACGACGUUGCCAAGACGGUGGCGAGUUACGAGAACACAGUCAUCUUCUGCUCCUCGUCGUUCCAGUACCUCAUCGUGGCAACCGCCCUCUCGCAGGGGCGGCCUUUCCGGAGGCCGAUCUACACGAACCCUGCGUUCCUGCUGGCGCUGGCGGUGCUGCUGGUGCUAGAGCUGUGGGUGACGUUGGCCCCACCGGGCGCCAUCGCGUCCCUCAUGGAGCUGCGGCCGCUGCCCUCCCACUCCUUCAGUGCCAGCCUCGUUGGGCUGGCCGCCAUCAACCUCACGGUGUCGAUGCUCAUAGAGGCGCUGAUCGACAGCGGCGUGCUGGACGGCUGUGCCCGCGCCGUGCGCCGCAAGCGACAGCCCAAGAGCCGCUUCAAGCGCGAGGACGCAGCCCUGGGGGCCCAGCGGCCCCCCUGGCCCCCCCUGGGGACCCCCCCCGAAGAGGCCCCCCCCCCCGCAGGGACCCCCCCCGGAGGGGGUCACGGGGGCCCCGGGACUACCCCCCUGAUAGUCACCACACUCAGGUAGCACAGGGUUAGAGGGUCGAGGGUGAUGAUAAGGGAUGGGUUAGGGGAUUGGGGUUUAGGGGAUUGGGUUAGGGGA